AUUUUCUUAUUUUCUGUUCACAGCGCGAUCCCGAAGCUGAGAACUCUAUAGUCCAUAUACCAUACAACGAUCCCCCCAAAAUUUAGCACAAGUAAGAAAAGAAUCUUUUUCCAUGAGUUUUCCUCACUUUCUGCCUAUCCAAACACUCCCCCCUAAUCCCCAAAACCUCACUGAUUCCGUGUGACUCCGAGUAAUCAGACCUCCGUCCUCUAGUGUUGUUUAGCGAGUGAUGGCGGAGGAGGGGGGAUCGGAGAUCAAUGUAGGGAUGGGCCAGGCCUCUAUUGACUCCACCGAAUCGCGCUGGGUGUUCCAGGACGAGGACGACUCGGAGAUCGACGACGACGACGACGUUUCGCAGCGCUCUGUGGCGGCUGGAGGAUUGGACUCGGAGGACGAGGACGAUAAUGCGGAGCAGAGACUGAUUCGCACCGGGCCGCGCAUCGACUCUUUCGAUGUGGAGGCUCUCGAGGUCCCUGGCGCGCUCAGAAAUGACUACGAGGUAGAGGACUUCAGUAUGGGAAGGAGAAUUACACUUGCUUUUCAGACCCUUGGGGUUGUCUUUGGUGAUGUUGGAACAAGUCCGUUAUAUACCUUCAGUGUGAUGUUCAGCAAGGCACCAAUCAAUGGAGAUGAAGAUGUUAUUGGAGCAUUAUCACUAGUCCUAUACACCUUAAUCUUGAUCCCUCUGGUCAAGUAUGUCCUUGUUGUUCUUUGGGCCAAUGAUGAUGGUGAAGGUGGUACCUUUGCUUUGUACUCGUUGAUUUGUCGACAUGCUAAGGUCAGUCUUCUCCCAAAUCAGCUUCCAUCGGAUGCCCGUAUUUCAAGUUUCAGGCUAAAGGUGCCAUCGCCUGAGCUUGAGAGAUCACUAAAAAUCAAGGAAAGACUUGAGACUUCACUGGCUAUGAAAAAGCUUCUUUUGAUGUUAGUUCUUGCCGGUACUUCGAUGGUGAUAGCUGAUGGGGUUGUCACACCAGCGAUGUCAGUAACCUCAGCUGUUGGUGGUCUAAAAGUUGGAGUAGAUGCCAUCGAGCAAGAUCAAGUGAUGAUGAUUUCGGUUGCCUGUCUUGUGAUUUUGUUCAGCGUGCAGAAGUUUGGGACAAGUAAAGUGGGACUCGUUGUAGGCCCUGCUUUAUUCAUUUGGUUUUGUUCUCUCGCGGGCUUUGGUAUUUACAAUCUUGUUAAAUAUGACAGCAGUGUCUUGAAGGCAUUUAAUCCUGUUCACAUCUAUUAUUUCUUUGAGAGGAACUCAACUAAGGCUUGGUAUGCUCUUGGAGGUUGUCUCCUCUGUGCAACAGGUUCCGAAGCAAUGUUUGCAGAUCUUUGCUAUUUUUCUGUGCGAUCAGUUCAGCUUACAUUCGUAUUUCUUGUCUUGCCUUGCCUUCUUUUGGGUUAUUUGGGUCAAGCUGCGUACCUUUUGAACAAUCACGCUGAUGUCGAGCAAGCUUUCUUUUCUUCAAUUCCAAGUGGUUUUUUCUGGCCAGUCUUUAUCAUUGCUAACAUUGCUGCAUUAAUUGCCAGUCGGGCAAUGACAACAGCCACAUUUUCAUGCAUAAAACAAUCGACAGCACUUGGUUGUUUCCCUCGUCUUAAAAUCAUUCAUACCUCUCGGAAAUUCAUGGGCCAGAUUUAUAUCCCUAUCAUAAACUGGUUUUUGCUGGCAGUUUGCGUGGUGUUUGUCUGCUGUAUCUCAAGCAUUGAUGAGAUCGGAAAUGCAUAUGGCAUUGCUGAGUUAGGAGUAAUGAUGAUGACAACAAUUUUAGUAACCAUUGUUAUGCUGCUUAUAUGGCAGAUAAACAUUGUAAUUGUGCUUAUUUUUGCGGUAUUUUUCUUGGGGUUAGAAUUGACGUUCUUCUCAUCAGUUUUGUGGAGUGUUACAGAUGGAAGUUGGAUAAUAUUGGUUUUUGCUGUGGUUAUGUUUUUUAUUAUGUAUAUCUGGAAUUAUGGAAGCAAGCUUAAGUAUGAAACUGAAGUUAAGCAAAAACUAUCAAUGGAUUUGAUGAGGCAAUUGGGUUGCAAUCUCGGGACAAUAAGAGCUCCUGGCAUCGGUUUACUCUAUAAUGAGCUGGUGAAAGGAAUACCAGCAAUUUUUGGCCAUUUUUUGACAACUCUCCCAGCAAUCCACUCUAUGAUAAUAUUUGUCUGUAUCAAGUAUGUUCCUGUUCCUGUAGUGCCUCAGAGUGAAAGGUUCCUUUUCCGGCGAGUCUGCCCAAAGAGCUACCAUAUAUUCCGUUGCAUUGCCAGGUAUGGCUAUAAAGAUGCACGCAAAGAAAAUCACCAGACAUUUGAGCAGCUGCUGAUUGAGAGCCUUGAGAAGUUCAUUCGCCGUGAAGCUCAGGAACGAUCAUUGGAGAGUGAUGGGGAUGGUGAUACAGAUUCUGAGGACGGGUUGUCUUGCUCAAGGGUUCUUAUAGCUCCCAAUGGUAGUGUUUAUUCGCUGGGUGUUCCUCUCCUAGCUGACUUCAAGGAUACAAGCAAGCCCAUCUCGGAAGCAAGCACGUCAGAGGAGGUGAGACCAGUCGUGCCUCCGGCAGACCCAGCAAUGCCUGAUGCAGAGCAGAGUCUUGAGAGAGAGCUGUCUUUUAUACGCAAGGCUAAAGAAUCCGGGGUAGUUUAUCUUCUUGGUCAUGGAGAUAUUAGAGCGAGAAAAGAUUCGUGGUUUAUUAAGAAGCUAAUCAUAAAUUACUUCUAUGCUUUCUUGAGAAAGAACUGCAGAAGGGGAAUUGCGAAUUUGAGUGUGCCCCACUCGAACCUAAUGCAGGUUGGCAUGACAUACAUGGUUUGACGGUGGAUUUUCAAUUGAUUGGACACUUAAAAGGGUUGACAUAAGGAAGGGUUUUCUGGCAUGCUCUGAUGUUGAUGCAAACCACGUUCCUAAAAUGAACACAUUUUUGCACUCUUCUCGUGAUUAUGGCAUGGCCUUUGGAUCUACCCAAUCGUAGACAUUUUUUUGUCUAUCUCGCUCGCCGAUCAGAAAGCUUUUGUAGUGUUAUUUCUUCUUGGGUUGCCUUGUAGUAUUAUUGAUUUUGGGUCAUGCAUACAAAAUCAACUCGUGUAAUUACGAUUGCAUAAUUCCACUGCAAAUUGUUUGACCUCAAAUGACGUUGGACUCCCAUAGUUGUACGCCUCACAUCAAACUUCUUUGACCUCCUCUCAAGAUUUUGUUCUUUUUGUAACAAUUUCUAAAUGAUACCCUUUUCUUA